AUGAGGGCCAGAACUCAAUCUGGAAUGAGAUUGGACCAGUUGUUGUAUGUGGUGGAAGAAACUGUCCUCAAACAUCAAGAUCCGGUCACUGGACUCGUGACAAAUGAUCCAAAGGACUUCCCAGGUAUUUGAAUUUAUUUUUGGUUUUAUUUUUGAGUUUAGAACAUGCCUGGAUUAGAGACAAUGUCUAUGCGGUCCAUGCUGUUUGGGCGAUGUAUCGAGCGUACCAGAAAAGUGCGGAAUUCGAUGAGGACUUGGCAAAAGCUCAUCAGCUGGGAAUGCAAUGGUAAUAAAAGAAAGGAACUACCUUUAUCGUCAAAUUGUUUUAGUGUAAAACUGAUGCAGUCCUUAUUGGAGUGUAUGAUGAGACAAGUAGAUAAGGUCGAGCAAUUCAAGCGACAUCAGAGAAGCUUUGACAGUAUUCAUGCCAAGUAUUCUACUCGUUCCAAAACUGUUGUGGUCAGAGAUAAUGAAUGGGGGCAUCUACAGCUGGAUUCAAUCUCUCUUUUCCUAUUGACUUUGGCUCAAAUGACGGCUUCGGGUGGGUCAUUGCAUUCUUAGUUUCAUAUUUUAGGUCUUCAAAUAAUCCGAAACUGGGAUGAGAUCGCCUUUGUCCAAAAUCUGGUCUAUUACAUUGAAGUUAGCUACAGAACGCCAGAUUUCGGGGUUUGGGAGCGAGGAGAUAAAACCAAUCAAGGGAUUCGAGAACUCAACGCCUCCUCGAUUGGUAUGGCCAAAGCAGCUUUGCAGGCUCUGAAUGACUGCGGGGAUUUGUUUGGCGACGGCUCAAAAGGCUCGGUUGUUCAUGUUUUACCCGAUGAAAUUCAACAGUGUAGUGCUGUUUUAUGUUCAAUGUUGCCAAGGGAAUCGUUUAGUAAGGUGAGUAGUUAUCCGUAUUAUUAUUGUUGACGUUUAGGAAACUGAUUCUGCUUUGCUUGGGAUUAUUUCCUAUCCGGCAUUCGCUGUGGAGGAUUCGGAUUUAGUCGAAACCACCAGACAGACAAUUUUGGAUACUUUAUAUGGCAAAUAUGGAUGUAGACGGUUUCUUCGGGACGGGUUCAAGACGGCGUUGGAAGUAAGCGAUACCGCAAAGUCUGUUUUACCAUUUGGCUGGCGUUCUUUUCUGAAGUUGGCGUUUUUUAGGACCGAAGUCGGCUUUAUUAUAACAACGAUGAGCUACAAAAAUUUGAGAACGUGGAAUGUGAAUGGCCAGUAUUUUUGUGCUAUCUUCUGUUGGAUGGAUUGUUCCGCAGGGACAAAGACGACAUUGAAAAGUACUACAAACAGCUUCAAGAGGUAAUUUCGUCCUUUUGUUAUUUAUUUUUUGUUUUAGGUAAUCAUCAGGUCGAAUGACGGGAAGAAUUUGUUUCUGCUCCCGGAAUUAUACUCAGUACCGAUUGAGGUUGUUGAAAUGGAGAGAGCUGAGAGAGGGACGCAAACACGGGUGCCAACAGGAACAAUGUGAGGAAAUCUUUUUUUUUUAUAUUGUACAUGAUGAUUUACAGACCGUUCGUAUGGGCCCAAUCGUUGUAUAUUGUCGCCUGUUUGCUUUACGAUGGGUUUUUAACACCAGCAGAGAUUGAUCCAUUGAGUAGACGGCUUUCUGGUAUUGAACAGAGACCUUCCAGUGAAGUUCAAGGUAAAGGUUUUUUGAGGAUUUAGAUUUUUUAUCUUUUCUAAUUGAUUUACAUACUUUUUUCAGUGGUAAUCCUUGCGGAGAGUCGUGAGGUCCAAAGAGAACUCGAAUUGAAUGAAAUUGAAGCCCAGAUGGUCCAUGAGAUCGACCCGAUCUUCUCCAUCCAACCUGCUUCUGCGUUCGCCAAGAUCCUCGAGCGAGUUGGAGAGUCCAAAAAACUGAAUCUAACUGGACGGCCAGCUGAUAGAGACAUUGGACUGCUCAGUACAAGUAGACUCUACCAUCUUGGCCAACGCUUUGUCGCUUUUCUCCCACAAUUCAUGGAUCGGAGACGGUCUUAUCUGAUGUAUGAUAUUCGAAUACUCAUGGAUGAAUGGGCCUCCGAAUUACAUUACAUAUAUACCAGUUGGAACUCGGUGAGCAUCUCGGGAAGACCAUUGGUCGUCUUAUCCAUCUCCAAGAACAUGCUCGAGGCUGUAAGUUGACCUCCUACAAUAUAAAUUUUUUUACCUUAAUUAUUAAAACGUGAUGUAUUUUUUUGCUUUAGAGUUCGAUUGUCCUGGGAAAUGGUCUUGCUCGUCGUCGCCAGAAGUCGACGGUUGUGGGAGCGCUGAAAAAGAUCAAAAAUGGGUAUAUUGGAGGUGCCCGCGUGGUCAUGAAGAAUAUCGGAGACUUCUUCAGAACCACCUCGGUUUCUAAAUUGGAAUUCAGAGAUCUGGAUGUGGACUCCUACUUCAACUCAUAUGAUGAUACGGCUCCAAAAACUUUGCCGGUGACAGCAGCCGAAGCGAAAGCGGCCACUCCGGGCAUUCGCAGGCAGGAUUCGGUGAAAGAAAGGUGGAACAAGCAGUUCAAUACGGUACAUCAGACCUCAAUGAGACAUCGGAGCAUCAUUAUGGACAGCAAUGAUCAAGGUGAGAAGCAAAUUUUGUAUCAAAACAGUAAUUUUUGUCUAGUGUAAUAUUAUUUUUGACACUAGAUUGGUAAUAUUUUAUGUUUUUACCUAGAGUUAUGUGUUUAGACCUGGAAAAGCUCCGUCUCGCCUAUGCCAAGAAGGAUUUGAAGCCGGAUCGACCCAACACUGAGCAUCUUUCUCCAGUCCGAGAAGGUCAAAUUGAGCACAAGUCCCACAAGGCAGCUCACCUUCAUCAAACAAUGCACAACAGCAAUUCCACGUCCUCUUUGGACCACGCUCAAAUGAAGGAAAUGCACGGAGAUGACUUGGUGAACAUGCUGAGCGAGGCCGACGAUCUGGAUGAACAGGCGUCGCUGGUCCAUUUCUUGUACUUGAAAUAGUAAGUAGCAGUAAUUUUGAGGCUCUUUAGCUUAUGAAUUUGGGAAUUUGGUCGAAAAUUUGGAUAUAAAACUUCUUUCCACUGUUUUUUGGAUGAACGUGAUUUAAAAGAAUUUUUUUUUGUAAAAAUUGAUUUCCCACAACUUUUGGAGUGAAAAGUGUGAUACUUUCUUGUUUUGAGUUGUAAUUUUUGCGAUUCAGUGGCCUUGACUAUGACACCCGUCUCAAUGGAAACCAAGGAGUAACAGUCCGAGUUCUCAUCGAAGAAGUCUACGAAAAGGUCUGCGAACAGAGAGAAUGGUCUUGGGUUCGCCUUACAGCGGGUCUUCUGAAGCGACAAAUGGAUGAACUAACAAAGUCCGUUACUCAUCUUUUAGUCCGACAAAAGCAGAUCACCCUUGGAGUACCCAGUAAAAUCGAACGUCCAAUAACUUCGCCCAGAACUAGAGAGGAACUGAAGCAUUUACUGGAUGAAGUUUACAGCGAUGAUCCCAGUUCGUACACGUUGGCACAGGAAAUUAUAAUUUGUUUGGGAAGUCUGGUCAGAACGGAACCCAAUUUGUUUAUUGAAAUGCUCAGAUUAAGAGUUGGAUUGAUCAUACAGGUGAGGGAUUUUUUGAAUUUGAAUUUGGAUGUUAGAAUUUACAAAAAAAUUUUACCUUGAAAUAAAUAAUUUCAGAUCUUGGCCUCGGAAAUCUCAAGAAUCCGCGGAGUUUCGGGAGCCGAAGCCCUCCAACAACUCCUCUCGAUCUCCCCAUUCGAACUGAAAUGCAUGCUCUUCUCCUUGCUCAGUGGAAAACUCCUCGAAGAUGUGGGUGUGGACGAGGAUCAAGGCAUCAGAGAACUUAGAACUGGCAUGGGAUCCUUCAGGAAACAGAUUGAAGUCCGAAAAUCGAUGCGAAAGUCAAAGUCGUUGAGGUCCCAGCCAUUGGAAGAGGUCCCGGAUUUGAUGAGCGAUCUCUCAGAGCCUGAGGAAAUUUAUGGAGAAGAGUUUCAGUUCGGGAUUUGGCUCAGACACCGGCGAAUUGAUGGAGCUUUGAAUCGAGUGCCUCCUAAUUUCUAUUCGGUAAGAGAAAUAAUAUUUUUUCAAGAGGUUUGAUAAAUUUCAGGACCUCUGGGACACUGUCAGGCAAUUCCCUCGAGGAUUAUCGAUCAAUGGAACCAUUUUGGAUCGCAGACUAACUCAAGAGGUAAAGGAUAAUAUAAAUUUAUAAGUUUUCUAUUUAAUUGUGCUCAUAUUUAUAUUGUAGAUGACCCGCAGAGAAAUCAAAUUUGCUCUGCAAGUGGAACAGGUCCUUAAUUUGAUCGGGGAACCCGAAUAUCGAGAGAUGAUUGUGGAAGUUCUGACUUUAAUGAGGAGAUUGGACAAGAUUAUCGUCGCUGAACCCAAGAUCCCGCAAGAUCGUCCGUUCGAUGUGGAUCAGGUUCUCUGGCUGGCAAAUCAUAUCUUUGUGGAGCAUAAUGUAAGUUAUACGGGGGUUUUAAACUCAGAAUUGGGGUGAUUUUAUAUUGCACUAUGCUCUAUGUAGAUGUAUGGUAAAUAAAACUUUUUUGUACCCAAAAUUUCAGCGGGAACUCAACACAAUCGUCAUGGAAUGCUGUGCCGAUGGCCGUCCUUGUGACGGCGCCCGAGGCAUUUGCCGCCAUUUCUACGACAGCGCCCCCUGUGGAGAGUAUGGCUCCGCCCAUUACGUGAUCAAAGCCCUCAUCGAUAUCUUCGCCCCGCCGGAGAAGUGA